GAUAUAAUUUUACGUGAGAAAAGAAUCCGUUAUCUCGAGGAUGAGUUAGCAAAUACAAUCGAACUUUCAAUACAAGAAAGGGAGGAAUUAGAAAAAGAGAUAUCGGAUUUAAAAAAGAUUGUCUAUGAGCUCAAAAAAGAGAUCGAGCAAAAAGACAAAGAACUUCUUAAUAGAGAAACUCAACUAGCAGAAUUUGACGUAAGAGAAAAGAAACUUAAAACCCGAAUUCGAGAAAUAUCCAAAUCUGCUGGAAAUACACCUAAAGCAUAUACCCAAACAGCAAAGUUAAUAGAUGAAAACGAGCGACUCAAAUAUGAGAUCGAAACGUUAAAAUACCGAGAUAGAGUAGAACUUAUAAAUACUCAAAAAACAUUACAAAAUGCUCAGAUAUGGGAUACACCAAAUGAAUAUGAAUCAGAUGAAAAAUCUCAGGAUAGUUAUACAUCUGACACAGAUAUGACAACAAUAGCUGAGUUAGCCGAUACUAUUGAUAGUUAUUUGGAUAAUCCAGGAACAAAUAGAUUAAUUUUAUCCAAUCAAAUAAAAAGA